CAUUACUUGCGUGCCACUCCUUCUCCGACUUCUGUCCUCCACCUGUCGAGCCUCUCUAUCGUCCACUUACUCAUAGGGAGUGACCAACCACAGACGCCAAGAUGUCUGAGAAAAAGAUGACAUCAAGCCGCAGGCAUCAUCUGAAGAGCCUGAUGCUUCAGAUUGCCGCUCAGCGGCUGGAAGAUGAGACCGCUGACAUUGCUGCUGCCAAGGAGCAGCACCUGAGUGACAGCUGCCCUCCCAUCCCAGACUCCUGCUCUCUGGAGGACCUGCUGAAACUGUGCAGAGAGCUGCACCAGAAAAUCGACAAGACUGAUGAGGAGAGGUAUGAUGCCGAGGCCAAAAUCGUCAAGGGAGAAAAAGAGAUUGCCGAGCUCAAGUUCAAGGUAACAGAGAUGAAGGGCAUGAAGAAGCCAGCUCUGAAGAAAGUACGUAUGUCUGCCGAUCAGAUGCUUCAAGCUCUGCUGGGCUCCAAGCACAAGGUUACCAUGGACUUGAGGUCCAACCUGAAGCAGGUGAAGAAGGAGGCCAAGCAGGAGACUGCAGAUGUUGGUGACUGGCGUCAGAACAUUGAGGACAAGGCUGGCAUGGGUGGCAGGAAGAAGAUGUUUGAGGGCGCUGAGGCAUAAAUUUGAGAGACUGCAGAUAUUGGUGGCUGGCGUAAGAAUGUUGAGGACAAGGCUGGCAUGGGUGGCAGGAAGAAGAUGUUUGAGGGCAUUGAGACAUUUCCUGGACUUUUUUCCCUUCAGAGGUGUCUUGAAAGAACAUGUAUUGUACACACAGUCUUAGUCGUCUGAUGAGUUUGUCUCAUCACAAACUGUAGUUGGAGGUUAUGAACUGCUUCAACUUUCAUUGUCCUCACUGCAUUAAUGACCAUAACACAUUCAUAGCUUAUCAUGAUCUUAUAAUAAAAAGUCUUAUAAAGUUAAUUAAGUUAUCGCCGUAA